CCACUGUUCGGCAUAAAGAAAAAUCUACCAAGAAGAGAAUCACGGCAAACUUCAAAGUUGGUGAAAAAUCGAAUAUUUUACUGUUUAAAGUAGUUGAAAUCGAUUAAAAGCUAGUGCAAGUAGUAAAACUAAGUCGAGUGCAUAGUUUGCAAAUAUUUUCCGGCGUUGAUCGUUCCAAAUCGGACGGAAAUCGACAUUUUUCACUUCGCGUACCUUCUACCAAGAACAAUAACACCAGUAAGAGCGACAAGAAGAAGCCAUGGUGGACGUCGCGAGACAGCUGCUGGACGAGCUGAUGGGAAGGAACCGCAACCUGGAUCCCUCCGUGAAAGGCAAGGCACUGAACUGGGAGGAUGAAGAGUUCUGCACGUUUUUCAUGGUCAAGUUCUGCCCGCACGACCUGUUCGUCAACACGCGGGCGGACCUCGGCCAGUGCGGCAAGCUCCACGACGAGGAGGCCAAGCGGCUGUUCGAGCAGUCCAAACCGACCCGCAAGAAGAUCCAGUACGAGGACGACUUCCUGCGCUUCUGCAGCAACAUGAUCAACGAGGUGGACCGCAAGAUCAUGAAGGGCAAGCAGCGGCUGCUGCUGAUGAACAGCAAGCUGGAGGGCCGGCCCGUGUCCAAGCAGCAGGAGCAGGUCAACACGAUGACCGAGAAGAUCAACAAGCUGCUGCGCGAAGCCGAGGAGGCCGGAAUCCGGGGGGACGUCGACCAGGCCCAGAGCCUGAUGCAGAUGAGCGACCAGCUGAAGGAGGAAAAGGACGAGCUGGUGAAGCAGGCGGAAACGAACGGCUGGUCGGUGACGGCGGAAAUUGCCGCCGCGCAGGAGAAGCAGAUGGAGGUGUGCGAGGUUUGCGGGGCGUUUUUGAUUGUGGGCGAUGCCCAGCAACGAAUCGAUGACCAUUUGACGGGCAAGCAGCAUUUGGGCUACUCGAAAUUGAGACAGGCCGUCGAAGAAAUGGAAGCUAAACGGCACAGCCCGGUUAAAGUGGAGGAACGCCGACGGGAUGAUGAUCGGAAGGAUCGUAGGGAUAGACGGCGUGAUGAACCGAGAUCGAGGGAACGCGACGACCGGUUCCACCGCGGCGGUGGCGGUGGCUUUGGAGACGAUAAUAGACGACGCGAUAACCGACGAGACCACCGCGAUCGCGAUUACGAGCGCUACGGACGAGGACGCGGGGGCGGCCAUGGAAGUGGUGGUCACGAAGGCCGCGAACGCGAACGUCACCACAAGCGUUCUGAACGCCACCGCAGCAGAAGCCGCAGUCACUAAGAGGAACUUCAAGCCAUACUCCUGUUUUCGUUUCCCGUUUUGUCGUGCCGCCGAGUGUGUGUUGUGCUGCAUCGUUUCCCGCUUGUUCGUUCUAUUGAGAGGUAUCCCAAGCUACGCAAUUAAAAAUCUAAACAUAAUUCCGCCCCUGCCCAAGGUAAGUCGUCCCAUUCCGUGCCAAGUUUCUAACCGAUUUCGUUCUUUAUUUUCUUUCAUUGUCGAAUGUGUCUUACCGUGUGUGUGUUUGGGUGUGAGAGCGCGUAAAAUCGGGUAAGACGCGACCAGAACAAACAGAAUCAUUCACACUCAGGCACAUUACUUCUAACAUAAAUGCGGAGGGUUAGUGUCUUUGGAUGCCGAGCCGGAAAAUCCGUUCGCCACUGUUCUUGUAGGGAAGUCGCGGGGAUCGUCCCACAAACAGGUAUAACUCACUUUAAGAUUGCACGACAAGUGCACUAAAAUUGUAAAUCUUGAGUAUUUUGCAGUUCUUGAGUUUUGAUCGAGCUCGCGGGGACAUUUUCCCUUGAUUUUGGGAAGUUGACAAGGUAUUUCCGAUAUCUUAAAGCUUCUCUGCCGUAGACAUACACCGUGUUAUUUAUAGAUUUCCACUUGAUUCGAUCAGGAAAAGUUGAUGCGUCCAGAGUGCGAGAUUGAAGGAUUGCAAGUUAAAAGAGGUACAUUUUUAAAGCGUAAAACUUUUUCAAACACUCAUACUUAGGGACAAAUUGGAACAAGUCGGCUGAUCGGUUGCGUUGCAGAACGUCAGUAGAGAUCAACGAGCACACACUAUCUAGCAGGUAUUCCAAAUUUGAUUGUGGCCGAUUGUGCCGUUUGGGGUGGGGUGAUGAUUUCGCGAGAUUGCGAAUCGUCCCCCUUUUCUUGGGUUGUUGUCCGUAGGUUUCACCUUGUUUGUGUCGGAAUCGGGCCCGGAAGAGAGAUAAAUUGCUGCGCAGAAUUGAUUGAACGAUGCACGGAGGUAAUUGCUUCUUGAUCGUACCCUAAAUCCAACUUUCAUUCAGGCAGAGAGAAAGUGCUUCUUUGUUGGCAGGCACGAUUUGAACAAGAUUUAUUGCUGAUUCAAACAUUGAAAGGUAAAUUAACAUUACACAAAGCUGUAACUUGCUGUUCAACCGUGUUCGCGCCGUCGUACCCGCCGCAACUUGUCUGAUCACCAGACACGGUCUCGAGUUGACCGCAAACUUCUGCUUUGCCCUCCCCCUGUGUGUACGCAAACGAAAAAAGGUAUUUGACAAACAUACUUUAAGACCUAAUCUCUAGCAGCGGUAAAACGUGAAAAUUCGCGUCGUAAUUUAGUUCGUCACAUAGAAAAAAAGAAAACACUUCGCCAAAGACACUUCAUUAUGUACGGUAAACUCUUCUAUCAAGGUAUUUAUUAUAUACUAAAAGCAACAGACAGUAAAUCAUAUCGUGUAAUGCUUAUCUGAAGUAAACUUUGGUCGAUCAAUUGAGAACUACAAAAUGUAAAAAAAGAGUUUAAAUCAGCAGCAAAGUUCUCAAUUUAUUCGAUCAAAGCUAAUUAAACUCUAGAAAAAUCUACAAUCAUCAUACCAAAACCUCAAAAUUAUCAUGGAAAUGUUUUUCUUUCUCAUUUCAUUCGUUUCAGAAACUGUUCCCAAAAUCCACAAUACCGGCGAUUGGCGCAAUCACCCAUGUAGGCGUUUCUUAUCACGUUUGAUAAUCAUAUGAAUUAAACAAAAACAAACUAGUUUAAAAAGCUACUUAUUCAACGAUCUGAGCAAAACUAUUCUGCACCACCACCACCACCACCAUCAUACCGAGCGACGUUUAAUUUGCAGGUACCGUACGUUUCCUUUUUUUCUGUUUCACUUUACCAUACAAUAUCAUGUGUAAAAAUAGUAUUGUAAGCCCCAAGAAAAAAACACAACAACAAUUGAAAUAUCCUCCAACUGGCUCUGUCCACCCAUCAUCGGACGGGAAGAAGAAGGUAUCUCCCUAUUGGUAUCCAAUAAAAGCAACUUCUCACGAUUCAAUCUCUCUGUGUAACGCUUGAUAUCUUCUCGAUUUUGCCCGCUUCUUAAUAUAUUUAAUGUUUAGUUUACUUUUCGCCCCUUUCCCCAACAAAAAUUAAAAAAAAAAACGAGCAUAAGGGUGUGUUCUCAUAACUCCUGAAUUCACGUCGUUGAAUUGACGUUACCGGUUCAUCUGUAGACGUAAAUAGUUUUUCACCAAUUCACGCAUGUUUUUCAUCCAAAAUCUUUGUCAACAUGCUUGCUUACUUUGAAAAAGAUAUUUGAAGUUGUUUUUGUAAGGAUUUUCCCGGAAAAACUUGAAAAUUUCCACCUCAAACUUUCCAGGUGGAAGAACCGCUUCAGGUCUAAAAACGUCUUUCACUUGAAUUGACGUCGUGACGUGAAUGAUUUAACGUCGGACGUAAAUUGCAUGCAAGUCUCCAUUAUGGAAGUCGCAAAUAUAGUUUGCCAUAAAAAAAUCGACUUUGCCGAAUAAAGUGUAUUUUUUUUAUCAAAUCGUCAGCAAAUGUAGCUAAGUUAACAUCAACAAGUUUGCAAUUUUAAUUUGCAUUUAAAAUCAUAUAGCAAGGGUGUCCAACCUUUGGCCAUGCGGGCCGGAUAGUUUUUUUUUACAAUGAAAAUACACCAAUUAACAUAUGUUUGGCCUGGAUUCAGGGAAUUUUAACAAAUGUUUACUGCAAAGAAAAUCGUUCGAGAGAAUAUUUUCACACAAUUUUAAAAUAUAGAUCAUUGGUAAAUGAAACAUAGUAUUUUUGAAAAACAAAUGAAUAACUUUUACCGUCCUUGGGGUAAAUUUUUAUAGCUGUUUCAUAUACGUUUUUGCCAAUAAUUCGGUGCUUUUGUAUUGAAAAUUGAUGAAAUAUAAUAAAUAUAUGCCUCUUAAAAUUCAAAAAGCUUGUCUCAGAACUCAUAUCUACCGAAAUGCGAAAAAAGAAAAUAUAUAUAUAUCAUUUAUUUAGCCUGUGCAAUGGUGCAAUCAAAUACAUAUUCAACAAAGGAACUGACUCACUCUGAACCUAUGCUUUAUCAUAAAAACACAUUAUUUAUACAGAAACUUUGUGAAAAUAACAAAAUCAUUUAGAAAUCAACUGAAAAUGGAGUUCGCAUACCAAAAAUGCUUUUUAGACAAAAAAAAACUCAUUGACGGGAAAUUAAUGUUGGCUCCGGUCUCACCCAGAGUUCUUUGAUACUUACUAACAUCAGUUUGGCAAAAACCACCCCAUCAGUCAAAACUUAGACUUGAAUUGAAAAUCGUUGGUCGAUGAUCCUUGUUUGAACGAUUGAUUAACGGAACAUUCAUGGUUAUGGAAAAUCUAAACGCAAAUUAAGCAGUCGGAAUAACACCCCAAACACCCGGAUCAGUUAAAUUGUCAUUUUUAUUAAAAAUAUAAGUCACUUUCAAAAAUUAUUCCAGAUUUUCGUCGUUUUCAAAAGCUAAGCAUUUACAGAAAAUGUGCGAUCACUGCCAUCUGGCGGAGUUUCCGCUAUAAAAAACGUUAGCGGUUUACUUUUUCCGAAGACACAAACCAAUCGGUUCGACGUUAAUUCAAAGACGUCUUUUGCGAAUUUACGUCAAUUCUGGAGUUAUGAGAACACACCCUAACGGGGUUGAAAUUAAGUGUAAAAAAAACUCUAGUUUUAAACAGUUGCAAACGGAUUAAAUAAACCAAAAUCAUACAGCAAAAAAAAAGUAGUGAAGCAAGUGACACUAAGUUACGCGUAGCUUUUAGAGAUGGUGUUGUGCGCCACCAGCUCGUCAUCGCGACACUAGGUGGGCGUCCAAAGCCGCAUCCAGUUUCAUCUGUUUCAAUAAAAGUACAAUCGUAUAAAGAGAAUAAAA